AUGGCUUUACAGGAACUCUGCUCUCAGGACCAGGGAAGAACCCGAUGGUCUUCAGGGAAUAUGUUUGGGUCAAACUAUCAAAGUGAUUCCUCCUUUAGCAGCAGCAGAUGUCUGUUUCACUUUUAUAUCCCAGUUGCCGAUUACCUCGAUGAAAGUCCAGUUCAGUUUGGACAAAUCAGCGCCGCGCAGAGCUGCAGCUCUGUCUUCUCGCAGGACUCCAUCCUGACGAGCUUCUCUGUGCCUGGAGAUCCACGUCCUCUGUCUGCUGCCGCGUCCUCUCAGUCCGUCCCGUUGCCUUUUCCACAUUCUCAUGGAACCACGACGCUGGCGUUCAUGUUCCAGGGCGGCGUGCUGGCGGCAGCAGACACCCGCUCCAGCUGCUCCGGGCUGGUGGCGUGUCCGUCAUCUCAGAAGAUCCUGCCCAUCCACAGCCACAUGGUAGGAACCACCUCAGGCACCUCGGCCGACUGCGCUCUCUGGAAACGGAUCCUGUCACGAGAGCUGCGGCUCUACCAGCUCCGCCACGGACGUAGUCUGUCCACACGAGGAGCCGCCAAACUGCUUUCACACAUGCUUCAUCCGUUUAAGGGCACCGAGCUGUGUGUGGCGGCCACGCUGUGUGGAUGGGACGGAGGAGAAGUGGAUGGACGCCAUGAUGACGACGGCUGCAUGGUAAGAACAGAGAAUGUAGAGAAACCUGAGGACACUCGUCUCGAAAAGACCCAAAGUUCUUCUUCCACUCAACCAAACGCUGCCAACUCAAGUUCCUCUGGACCCAGUUUGGUUUACGUGUGCAGCGAUGGCACUCGCCUGCAGGGGACGCUCUUCUCUGUGGGCUCUGGGUCGCCUUACGCAUACUCCAUUUUGGACCAGGAGGUUAGAUGGGAACUGACGCUGCAGGAGGCCACGGCCAUCGCCAGAGAGGCCGUGUACCGAGCCACACACAGGGACGCGUACUCGGGCAACCAUGUCGACAUCUAUCAUAUCACCUCCACUGGAUGGACUCGCAGGGACAGGGAGGACCUGAAAGAGGAAUAUUACAGAGAACGGGAGAGACGAGAGAGACGGUUGAGAAGGGACGCCACUUCUGUCUGAGGAAAAUCCAAAACUUGAGCUCAGUGAUGAAGUGAACAGCACGGACCUGUGUGGACAGAAGAAGAAGAAAAGGCUGAAGUGACAUGAUGCUGUUUCUGUGGCAGAUACUCAAUUAAUGAACGGGACAUGCAGUUGUGUAUUUGUUAGGGCG